UUCCGCUCAUAUGUUUUGAGGGGAGACGGGGGGAGUUCGCGUGAAGGAAAGGAACGUUUGACAUUUUCUUUCCGCCGUCUCCGUUGCGCAGAGCCGCCUAAGCGCUGAACUGGCCUGAUUCCUUGUCACCGGAGCACAGCAGCUGAUUCUACCCGUCAAAACGAUGGUUUUCUGUUGAGUCACCGCGCUAGGCGUCCCGUUCCCGGCUGCUUUACGAAGCAUCCCUUUUUUGUUCUUUUUCGGCCACCUGGCUUUUCUUCAGGACUUCGGUCGCAGGCAGCCCUGAAGGUCGCAGGCAGAAACUCCACAGGGGAGAGAGUGCAGUGGAUUGUUCUCUUAACAAUGUUGGAGAAUGAGGAAAAUCUCGGGGCAGCUUUCAAAAAACUAAGAGUUGAUUCAGAACGAUCCACUGCUUCUCUCCCUGUGAGUGAGGGGGCAUCUUCACAAACAUUGGUAGAAAGUACAGAUGAAUCCAAAGUAAAGAUGACAUUUGGAUCUAAAGAAAGUUGGCAUUGGUGUUUGAGGAAACCUUUGAAAGGAACAAUUCGAACCCAACGUUGCCGGCGACCAAAGUCUCCAGUACUCCAUCCUCCUAAAUUCAUCCACUGCACUAAACAAAUGCCUUCCUGUAACCAAUCCAUGCACAAGAACCUAACAGAUGCUUUUCAAAGCAACAAAGAUUUGGAUGUGCCAAAGAAAUUUUCUGAAAAUGAACUGGGCAAUCAUCCUCUAGAAUUAGGCAAGAAAGAAUCAGUUGUCAAAGAUUCUGAGGCAUCCAUGAUAGGAAUACCAAAGAAUAUUUCUGAAAAUAUUGGUAGUGUUCUUCCCACAGAAAUUCUAAAGGUCUCAGAUCUUUCUGAUUUCCAGUCUGUGUCUGAACAAAAUCAAGGGAAUUUUUGUGCAUGUGUAAAGAAUGAAUGCCAGUGUAAGCAAUGGCAAAACCUGAAUGUGUACAUGUUUUCUGACAUACAGAACUCCCUCCAGUGUGUAUCUGAAAGAGCAGCACAUGUGCAGAACAAUCCACAGCUCACAUCAAGAAUUUCCUCCAGUUCUCUUAAAUCUUGCUCUGAGCAAGCCAGAGCUCAUGUAGAUGAUGUGACCAUUGAAGACCUUUCAGGUUAUAUGGAAUACUUCCUGCAUAUCCCUAAGGAAAUGUCCCACAUGGCGGAAAUGAUGUAUACCUGACCCUAGCCAACAAAGGGCGUUGAUAUCUGCCCUGAAUCAUGCUCCAUCUCAGAAGCAGUUUGCUCUCUGUGCUUAUAAUAAAGCCACUUUGCAUUUCA